CCAGGGGAGGGAAUGUGGUCAGAGGGUUUCCCAUCCAAGAUCUGGGGAAGAAGAUUUCCUGGUUUGGGAGACCAGCUGGGUGCAGCUUUGGAGUCCAGAUGGAAGGGCAAGAGCCAGCUGGCCCUGAAGCCAGUGAAAAUCUUGAUGUCAUCAAGCCAAGGAGCAGUGGGGAAUUCUGUAGAGAAACUAUGCAGCAGAAUCCAGGAGAGGUCACCAUUCUUUCAGAGGCAGAGUGCCAGAAUUUCAGGCAGUUCCGCUACCAGGAGGCUGGCGGCCCCCGAGAGGUUUGUAGCCAACUCCACCAUCUUUGUCGUCGGUGGUUGAAGCCGGAACAACACACAAAGAACCAAAUCCUGGACCUGGUGAUCUUGGAGCAGUUCCUGGCCGUCCUGCCCCCGGAGAUGGAGAGCUGGGUCAGGGAAUGCAAACCGGAGACCAGUUCCCAGGCGGUGGCCCUGGCGGAAGGUUUUCUGCUGUGUCCAGGAGAGGAUGAGCAGGUGUGGGGAGCAUCUUCUGAAGGAGACACUGAUUUCUCGAAGGCAGAGACAGCUCAAUGGGAUACUAAGGAGAGGCCACUUUUCUUGAGGAUCACACGGGUUUGCAAUACUAGUACCACCCCGAAAGGCACUGGAAUGAGUCCAGCGACGCAUACCAGGUUGUCGCUUCCUAUCGACGGAGCAGAAGUCAAGUCCGUGCAGCCAGAUCAGGGGCUGCUGUCCUUUGAAGAAGUGGCCGUGGAUUUCACCGAGGAGGAGUGGGCGCUGCUGGAUCCAGACCAGAGAGCCUUGUACAUCGAAGUCAUGCUGGAAAAUUGUGGGAGCGUGGCAAUUCUAGGUGAGGAGGGGGAGAGCGAGAAGGAAGGAGAGCCCCUUGCAACGUCAUUGGAAGGAGUCGAGUGUAAAAAAGAGGAUCUGCUGGGGAGUGAAAUGGAAGCAAAACCACAGACAUGGAAGAAAUCUGGUGUUUGUCAAGGCAAUGAGCAUCAUGAAAUCUCAGCCCAAGGCCCGGUAGACAAAACAAAGGAAAGGACUCAGUGCCCGGUGUGUGGGAAAAGCUUCAAUUUUAAGUCUAGCCUGAAUGCUCAUUGGAGAAUGCACAAGGUGGAUAAACCAUUUGAAUGCUUGGAGUGUGGGAAGAGGCUGAGUACCACGGCAAGUUUUAAGACUCAUCAGAGAAUCCACACUGGGGAGAGACCAUUUAAAUGUUCAGUGUGUGGAAAGACUUUUAGCCAGAGCUCCGGUCUCACUUCCCAUCUUAGAAUCCACACUGGAGAGAAACCAUACACGUGCUCGGAGUGUGGGAAGAGCUUCAGCCAAAGCUCUGCUCUGACUUCCCAUCAAAGAAUCCAUACAGGAGAGAAACCAUAUCCAUGCUUGGAGUGUGGGAAGAGCUUCAGCAAGACAACAGACCUUACAAGACAUCAAAGAACUCACACUGGAGAGAAGCCGUACAAGUGUUCAGACUGUGCCAUGAGUUUUUCUCAAGGAGGAAGCCUGAAAUAUCAUCAGAGGCUGCACCUGGAGGAAGAACCGUAUAAGUGCUUGGAAUGCGGGAGGAGCUUCAGUAAGAACACAGACCUUGUGAGGCACCAGAGAAUCCACACUGGGGAGAAACCGUUUAAAUGUUCUGUGUGCAGCAAGAGCUUUACUCAGCGCUCAGUCCUUCUCUCCCAUCAGCGAAUCCACACGGGAGAGAAACCCUUUCCGUGCCUGGAGUGCGGAAAGAGCUUCAUUAAGAAUUCUGAUCUUACAAGGCAUCAGAGAAUCCACACGGGGGAGAAGCCAUACAAGUGUUCAGAGUGUACCAUGAGUUUUUCUCAAGGAGGAAGCCUGAAAUAUCAUCAAAGGUUGCACCUUGAGGAAGAAGCAUAUAAGUGCUUGGAGUGUGGCAAAGGCUUCAGCCACAGCAUGAGCCUAGCUUCCCAUCAAAGGAUUCACAUGGAAGAAUCCUGCGAAUUGCAGAAAUACUUGGAUGAUGAGAAGAACUUCAGAUGGGGCACGGAAACAGAAAGCUUGACACUUGCACCAAGUGCAGAAAUAAUCAAACUUGAGAUUCUCUGACAGAUCAAAUCCUCAUAGCCCACCUAGAAUCCACAAAAAGGAGUGACUAUAUAAAUGCUCAGAUUUGUGCAAAUGUGUCAUCUGUGUUCCCUGUGAGAAAAAUGAGUGAUUUUUUGGGAAACAACAUUCAGCUUAAGCCGAGAUCUCAGAACGGCUUUUUCAUUUGGUGUGUGCUUGGUUGCCUAUUGCGAAUCUGUCCUGCCUCCCACCACUAAGUGAAUCCCUGUGUCUGUGGAAAUUGAUCCACGUACAUGGCUGUCAUUGGGAAGGAAGAAAACACUGUAAACCAUUUUUUGAGAAGGAAAACAGAGCUUUGCUGGAUCCGAUCUGAUUUCCAGGAUCCUCUUUCCACAGUGACCAGCCAGAUGGACACAGGAAGCUUUUAAGCCGGGCAUUAAGUUAACAGUUCUCCUUCAUUUUUAACCCACCUGCUUCUUGUAUUGAAAAUAAUUUUCCUUCUGAAGAUUCACCGCACUAUCAAGUGCUAAAUACCCAUUGAUAGACCUUGCCAUAAAUUUGCCCUACCUGUUCUUAAUCCCAUCACCACAUCUUGGGAGAGCAAAUCACACAUAUUAGGUCCACUUGAAGAAUGACAGGCAUAAACUCCUUCACACUCGCCACAAAAAGUGGUGGUGGGCCCUGGCUUACAUGGUGCACCAAUUCACAAAUAACCAGUCUAUCAGUAGUCCUUAGUCAUGGGGAUUAAAUGGAACCUCUAUGCUUAGAAGCGGUAUAUCUCUGGAUAUCUGCUGGGGGAGAAGGAGGUUGCCUUACAGGUCUGCUUGUGGUGGCUGGUUGGAAACACAACACAAAGCUAGUUGGAUCUUCAAGAGGAACCGCUGGGACAUUUCUUAUGGUUUGGGGACAGCGUUUUGUGCUUUGAUUUGGAAAUAGGUAGAUGGGACUGCCAUUGUUUUUAUAAUGUGUUUGCUUUGCUUGGUUUAAAGGUGUUCUGUAUUCUCCAUUGUAAAUCAAAGCUGGCUUGAGAAGGCUGUUCAUGUGCCUUCAGAUCUGUUGGACCCUGAGUCUUGAAAACGCUUAAGAUAUUUUCACUGUUUUAUGUGCUCAAUGCAUAUAUCUAGAACUGCACGUCUAAUCUCCCCUUUCCAUCUCAGAAGAGGUCUGUGCGCCAAUGGGAAAUUUGGUAUAAUGUUUAGCAGGUUGCUUCAAACCCUCUUUUGAGGGCGCCUUUGAUGUCAUCUCUGCGUGAGAAUGAUUUAUCAAAUGAUGGUGUCAUGUUUUCUGCAAGCUUGUGUCUCACUUAACUGGAAUGUUCCUGAGAACUCUCAACUUGGAGCUACGAUAAAGGAUUUA